CGGGUGAAGAUGUGAAAGAUGGCUGACGGUCCUCCACCGACCGCAGGCCCUUCUGCCACAGAGUCUUCUCCUCAGCACGGAAAUGCGGCGUCUCCCAAAUUAGCCAGUGUCCUAGAUGGUUCCGGAAGAGAAGAGGACUGGAUGGGCGGCCAUGGGAGUGAACUGAUCUUUCCCUUAGAUGUGGAGGAAGAGGUUGAGGCUGAGUUGCCCGGCGACUUUCCCAGGUGCAAGGAGAGUAAGAAAGAGCAGGUCCACCCAGAGGAGUCCGCCUCGCUGGCGGCUUCCCCAGCCACGUCUCCUCCUGAGCCGGCUUCUCUCCCCGUUUUUAAUUCGCGUAGCUUCCCUCCUCAGAGGUCUGCCGUCCUUAUCAACCCUCAGGGCCCCAAACCGUUCAUCAACUUGGUGAAGUCGGUCUCCACCGAGAUCGAGUCGCGCGAGGGCUCCCCUCUCAAGCCUCAACCCUUGUUGAGUUUAGUCAAGUCCAUCUCCACGGAGAUCUCCCGCCUGGAGCCCGAAGUGACGCCAUCCAAGUCGGAUUCCAAGCUCAACGUCCACCUCUGGCGGCAGAUCACCCAGCCCAAGGGCAAGAAUGGGGACUCCCGGACGGCCCCGUCCUCGCCGAACACCUCCCCGUCCGAAAGCAAAGGCAGCUUCUUCAAGGCCCAGGAAGCCAAGUUCGAGGACACCAAGCGGCGGUUCUCGGAAGCCAUGCAGGAGCCCCUCCAGAGGCUCAGCAAAAUCAUGGGGGACGAGAACAACGUGUCGCCGAAACAUAAGCCGUCGCCUUGCGGCAGCCAUCCCCAGGACUCCCCUUCCGGCCACGGAAAGGGGUCCACCCUCUCGGAGACCAAAGCGGAAGGCCUCGGCCCCGAUAGGGACCAACUCGGGACCCUUUCCAGCCAGUCGUCCAGAAAAGGUCCGACGGAGAAUUCCCCCCUCGCGGAGCCAAAAUGGGAACCUUCUCUAAACUGCCGUUACGAAAUCUGCUCCUACGGAGACAUCAUCCAGGUGGUGGAGGUGGCCCAGGACGGCGUCCCGGAGGACGGGCGGACGCUACGGCCUCUCGGUGCCCUCCAACCGGCCGAGCCUUGCAGCGCAGUGCCCUGCCGAGCCCUCGCCUGCAUCGCCAUCUUGGCCUACAAUUAUUUUGUCCUCCCGUUGCCCCCCUACAUCUCGGGGCUCUGCCUUGGUGUGGUGUGUGGCUUCCUUUUGGGCUUCCUGAUCAUCCUCUUGCUGGUGCCAACACGACCCCGGUCUCCACGCCAAAGGCUGCCUCCUCGGGAUCCGUGGCCCUCCGCGGCGCUGGGUCAGCAGCCCCGAGAACCCAGCCUGCUUCAGCAGGGCUGGAUGAACGAAAUGUAUUUUUACGACCCGGAAACCUUCCACCCGUCUCUGAGCCAUUCGGUCUUCGUCGCUCUGGAAGAUGCCAGCCUGAAGCUUUCCUACCCAAAGAGCAACAUUCCCCGGCGGGCCACGUUUGAGGAAGUGAUUGUCGACGUGGCGUUUGUGAGCCACCGACACUAUGAGCUGAAGGGGGCAAAGGUCUUCCUGUUGCCAUGUGGGCUAGCCCGGAAAAGGACGUGGAACAAGAAAUACCCCAUUUGCAUCCGCUUCCCAGACCCCAUGGACCCGGACGGCCAAGGGCACAGCGGGCAGGAAGCGGAGCCUCUCAAAGAGAGGAGGAGCGUCAAGAAAGGACAGAGCGCCAGCCCAGAGACCCCCCUGGCGCGCCCAGCGGCCGAGUCCCAAGAGAGAACGCUUUAUCUCUUUGGCCGCACCGGGAGGGAAAAAGAGGAGUGGUUCCAGCAUCUCGUGAAGGCGUCCCUUGCAGAGGGUGGACUGCAGCACAAUGCCAAUCCAGGUUUCAACCAACUCAGCCCUUCAAGCAAGGGGACGUACAGCAACUGCAGCAGCCGGGGGAGCACGGAAGACCUCCCGUCGGCGGUCAAGCCCAAGGACCUCAUCGUGAAUGUCCGAGAGGAACUCCUCUUGGGUUAUGACAAGUACAUGUCUCAGCUCGUCCCACCAGCGAACGGAUCCAGCCCACUCGAGAGUCCAAAUGCCACAGGCAGCUCGACUCCACAGAAGUUCCCUGGAGAGGCAGACAUCACCAGCGAGCCCCACACAGCGUGGGUUAAUGCGCUGCUGGGGCGGAUGUUCUGGGACUUCCUAAGGGAAAAAUAUUGGGCGGACCAAGUUUCAAACAAGAUCCAGAAGAAGUUGGGAAGAAUCAAGCUCCCCUACUUCAUGAACGAGCUCACGCUCACCGAACUGGACAUGGGAACGUCCAUCCCUCAAAUCCUCAGUGCGUCGAGCCCAACCGUUGAUAAGCGGGGGCUUUGGGUGGACCUGGAAGUGACCUACAACGGAUCGCUGCAGAUGACCCUGGAGACAAAGAUGAACCUGUACAAGCUGGGCAAAGAAGCCAUGGGAGAAGACGGCAGGAAGACAGACAACGGCCAGGAUGGAGUGAAGGCGCGCUUGGUCCUACUGGCUGACAGUGAUGCCGAGUCGUCCAGCGCUGGCUCCUCCGAUGAGGAGGACCUCCCGACCAUGGAGCCCUCCGGGAUCCCUGGGGAGAGGAACGCCACCCCUGGAGUCGAAAGCCACCUCGGCGGCAACAGCACCAGCCGGAAGAUCUUGCGCUUCGUGGACAAGAUUGCCAAGUCCAAGUACUUCCAGAAGGCCACGGAGAACGAGUUCAUCAAGAAGAAGAUGGAGGAGGUCUCCAACACCCCUCUGCUGCUGACGGUCGAGGUGCAAGAACUGACGGGCACGCUGGCGGUCAACAUCCCUCCACCCCCGACGGAUCGGGUCUGGUACAGCUUCCGGGUCCCACCUCAGCUGGAUCUGAAGGUCCGCCCGAAGCUGGGAGAGCGGGAGGUCACCUUCAUCCAUGUCACCGAAUGGAUCGAGAAGAAGCUUCAGCACGAGUUCCAGAAAAUUUUGGUGAUGCCCCAUAUGGAUGACCUCAUUUUGCCCCUCAUGCACCCCGGUUGGGAAUCUCAGCUGCCGGCCGAGGAACUCCGAAAGGAUCCCCCCAGGGAGGAGGUGAAGGCCCCCUGAGGAGGCGCCCGCUGGCGGUCUUUUCGGCCCCAAAGGUGUCCGGUGCGUUUCGCCAACGUCGCCGGUGCCCGCAAAGAACCGAACCGUCACCUUCAAGCCAUACUGCUGAGCGUCGUCCUCUCGGCUCAACGCCUCGGCGUGUUCACAGCCUCGACAAGUGAACGUUUUGCUGAUCUCUGAUGGCCGAGAGGCGCUGUUCCAGGUCGCCGAGGGCUCCGGCCUUGUCUCCAGCCGGCCCUUGGGUCCUUCCAGCUCCAACGAGAAGUUGUUUUGUGUAAGACCUGGGUUGCCUUUACCAAGAGGAACAUAAGCAGGAGAGAUUCAGCAGCCACCGAGUCUCUGACGUUUCUCUCUAGGUUCUGUCUUUGCAAAUAACAUCCAUAUUAAACAGAUCUCAUUGAAAUGCCAUAAAACUGAAGAGAUUCUCACUGAAGGCAUGAAAUCUUUCCUAGUUUUUCUAGCUUGAGUAAAAUGCUGUUACUUCCACCCAGCGUUGUUUCUGGGCCACAGGGACUAGUAACUUGGCCCCUAAUCUUCAAGCGGUUCCUACUCUUUCCUCUCCUUUCCUGCUCUACGCUCUAAAGUCAGAGGGUUAACAAGAGGAGUUAUUUCUUCUGUGAGAAACAUGCAAUAAAAGAUCCAGCAUUGCCCAGAAAAUAUAAAGCAACCUUUUCAGGAAGCAGGUUUCUCCCUGCUUAGAAGCAAGGAGAGGCGGCACUGGAAAUCACACUGCUAAAUGUAUCAUCUUCUGAAUAAGCAGGGUUGAAACCAUGUGGAAUAUUUUAAAAUCAGGGCAGAGAGGUUUUAAUCUAGACCCGACGUACUGUCCGUGCAUCGGCCUUGUGAGUGUAAGAUUUGUGAACGGUGGUGAAAAUGCACAAUUUUACCACCGUAGCUGGGGCAUUCAGAGGCAGAAAUCAGUUUCAGGGGAAGGGCUGACAGAUAUUGUCAUUUAUUGCUGCAAGGCUGGAAAAUUAUCUCAGGAGGCAGCCACAACUUUGCGAGUUGGAGAGUAAUGCCAAGUAUCCAUUGUAAAAGACUGAACCUGUUUUUCUUACGCUUUGGGGCAAAUCCCAGCUUUGCCAUUCAUAGGAGUUGUAAAUGGAAGUUUAAUUACAUAUCUUAAUGUGAGGCUUUCUCCCGAGGCUCUGCUAAUUUGCUUCCUUUUGUUCAGCGGCUGGUCACUAGGAGACAAAGAAUCAGCCUUGUUUCUCCGGUUAAUGGUGAUGAUACACAGUUUUCCAGCUUGUCUCCAGAGAGGUGAGGUUUUAUCACUUUCUAAUUGCGCGUUAGCUGCCUUCUAUAGUUUGGUCCAAAGAUUCAGAAUGCUGUUUCUGUCUAAUUCAUGGAAAACGUCUGGGCUCAGAUGCAAAUGGGCUCAAGAGGUGGCCCUUCCUCUCUCACUCAAGUUAUAACCUUCCUCGGCUGGCCUUCAACCCAUCCACCCGCCUAAUUCCUGUCUCUGAACCACUGUUAAACCCCCAGAGUGGUGAAGCUUAAAGAUAACCAAAAACUGGGCCAGCCACUCCACGGGACCGCAUGAAGGGGCCCCCGUUAUGAGACUGUUUGAUCCUCCAUGCAAUAAAUGAUUUUAACAAAGCAAUAGCGAUGGACAGGUUGAGAACAAUGAGCUAGUCGUGUCGACCAAAGGGCUUAGCAAACCUUGGGUAAUGUAUUAGCCAGAGGCAACCAGAAAUGCUGAAGAAGGCAAAGGAAAAAUAAAGG